UUUCCACCUCUAUCUUUUUCUCUCUUCUUCACAGGUCCCAUUCCAGAUGGUAUCUCUCCGGUUUCCGGUUUCACUAAUAGGGAACAAGGGUGUUUGUACUGACAUUUUGUAUGUCCAAACUGAAUACCAAUUUCAGCCUUGUCCGGCCAGCAAAGUAAGGCACAAUUUGGUCAGCAAAGUAAGGCACAAUUUGGUCAUAGUUCUUCCUAUCCUCACUUUUCUAAUUAUAGCUAUCUUCUGUCUUCUGUAUCUAAGGCAUAUGCACAUUGCAAUUAUGAACAAAUAUGCAAAGGCAAUGACAGCCACUAAAAAUGGGGACUUGUUCUGUAUUUGGAACUAUGAUGGAACCAUAGCCUAUGAAGACAUCAUUACACAAACAGAAAAUUUUGACAUGAAGUAUUGUAUUGGAACAGGAGCUUAUGGUAGUGUUUACAAGGCACAAUUACCAAGUGGCAAAGUUGUUGCCUUGAAAAAACUCCACGGCUUUGAAGCAGAGGUGCCAGCUUUUGAUGAGAGUUUCAGAAAUGAAAUCAAAGUAUUAUCAGAAAUAAGGCAUCGACAUAUUGUGAAGCUCUAUGGAUAUUGCUUGCACAGAAGAAUCAUGUUUUUGAUCUAUGAGUACAUGGAGAAAGGAAGCUUGUUUUCUGUCCUGUGCGAUGAUGUGGAGGCAAUGGAAUUGGAUUGGAGAAAGAGGGUUAAUAUAGUGAAAGGCAUUGCACAUGCCCUGUCAUAUCUACACCAUGACUGUAUCAAUCCAAUUGUGCAUAGAGACAUAUCAGCCAGCAAUAUCUUGCUUAACUCAGAGUGGGAGCCCAGUGUUGGUGACUUUGGCACUGCCCGAUUCCUCAGCCUUGAUUCGUCCAAUAGAACUAUAGUUGCUGGAACCAUUGGAUAUAUAGCUCCAGAGCUUGCAUAUAGUAUGUUAGUGGGUGAAAAGUGUGAUGUGUAUAGCUUCGGAGUGGUGGCACUCGAAACUUUGGUAGGAAGGCAUCCUAAGGAAUUAUCAUCUUCACUUCAAUCAGCUUCUACUGAUAAUGGCAUCACAUUGUGUGAUGUAUUGGACCAACGCCUCCCACAGCCAACAAUGUCAGUUUUACUAGACAUAGUUCAUCUUGCAAUUGUGGCAUUUGCAUGCUUAAAUCCCAAUCCUUCCUCUCGCCCAACAAUGAAAUGCAUUUCUCAACAUUUUCUUACUCAAUUCACACCAUUAAGCAUUCCUUUGCGGGAAAUUUCAUUGCAGCAACUCAUGAGUCAAGAACUAAGGCAUUAUUUAAAUUUGUGAACUCCUGAAAGUGAAACUUAAAGUUGAAAUUAGAUGUUACCAGCAUUCAAUAAAAGUUUGUGUAGUUGUUAGGGUGAAUUGUUAGAAUUUAGAAAGCUUCAUGAAGUUCUGUUUUUAUGUUAAACUAGUUCUUGUUGAAUUGUGAUAUGUUUAGUAUGGAUUAUAAAUUAAAAAAAAAAAAAAAAAGUUGCUAUGGGUUUUGCUGUA